ACGGGGACACACCUCUGCCUCCAGAGUCAUCAGAAGAGGCUGGACAUUUAGCAGUCCAACAGGAGACUUCAGUUCAAUCUCCAGAACCUAUUAAUAGAGAUUAAUUAAUGAGAACCCCUCUCCGACCCAGCAGGAGGCUGCAGCUAAGCAUCCACAGACCGCUGAGGAGGGUGAGUCUUCUCUAACGCAGCAGGAGGCCCCAGCUCAGACUCCAGAGCUCCCUAAGGAAGUUGUAGCUCAACCUCCACAGCAUCAUGAGGUAGCAGUUUCCCCUCUAAGUCGUGAUCAAUUUCAGCCUCCAAUACUGCACAAUGUCACUAUGAAACCUGUGGAUCACGUGGUUACCAUGACUCCAGAUUUCCCUAAUCAGGUUGAAAUGUUAACCCAACAAGGGGCCCCAGCUCAGCCCUUAAUGUCCCCUGAGCAGUUUCAACAUUUGAAAGACCAGGAAGAGAUUAUAAUUCAGCAGCUAAGUAGACCUGAAAAUCAUGAACUUCCUCCAGUCCAUAAAGAGCCCACAACUCAGCCUCCAACUCAGCUCUCCUCAGACUUUGGAAGUUCACUGAAUGAUGAAGCAAUAGGUUCACCUCUAGAUGUGUCAUAUCUACAUCUAGAUAGGGAGCUUACCAAACCUACAGCAGUCACUAUGGAGGUAGAACCUUCUCCAGUCCAGCAGGACAACCCUCCUAUUCCCACUGAACAGGCUGACUUUUCUCCAGCCCAGCCUGAUCUCCCUUCCCCGCCUCUGCAUUCUCCUGAAAAGAUUGAAUCUCCAGUCCACCAAGAGGCCACAGCUCAGACUCCAGAUCCCCCUAAGGAGGCAGAACCUUCUCCAGUCCAGCAAGGUUCCCAGCGGAGCCACCAGAGCCCCCUAAGGAAGUUGAACCAUCUGCAACCCAGCAGGAAGCCUCGGGUCAUCCUUGGAAGUCCACUGAAUAGGUCAGUCCUCCACCACAGUGGGAGAUACCAGCUCAGCCAUCAGAGCCACCUGAGAAGUUCGAACCAUCUCCAGUCCUACAGCAGGCCCCAACUCGGCUUUUAAAGCCACCUAAAGAGGUAGAAUCCUCUCCAGUCCAGCAGGCGGUCCCUGCUCAGUCUUCAGACCCCACUAUGGUUAUAGAACCCUCUCUGACCCAGCAGAUGGCCCCAUCUUUGCCUCCAGAGUUCCCUCAGGAGGUAGAACCAUCUGUAACUCAGCAGGAGGUUCCAGCUGAGAUUCCAGAGCUCUCUAUGGAGGCAGAACCUUCUGUGACCCAGCAGGAGGCCACAGUUCAGGCUCCAGAGUCCCCUAAGGAGGUAGAACCUUCAAGGCAGCAAAUGGUCCCAGUUCAGCUUCCAGAGCCACCUAAGGAAGUAGCAGCUCAGCCUCCAGCUCAUUAUGAGGUCACAGUCCCAACACCAGGCCAGGAUCCAGCUCAGCACUCAACAUUGCCCAGUGUCACUGUUCAACCUUUGGACCUGGGACUUACCGUCACUCCAGAACCCACUAUGGAGGUUGAACAUUCUACACCCCUGAAGAGGACUAUAGUUCCUCCAAAUCAUCUUAAGGUGACACUUCCACAUCCAGACCAGGUUCAGACUCAGCAUUCACACCUGACUGAAGCCACAGUUCAACCUUUGGAUCUAGGGAUUACAAUCACUCCAGAAUCCACAACAGAGGUUGAACCUUCUACAGCCCUGAUGACUACAGCUCCUCCUCCAGAACACCCUGAGGUGACACUUCCACCUUCAGACAAGGGUCAGGCUCAGCAUUCACACCUGACUGAAGCCACAGUUCAACCUCUGGACCUGGAGCUUAGCGUAACUACAGAGCCUACUGCAGAGGUUAAACCGUCUCCAACCACGGAGGAAACCUCAGCUCAGCCUCCAGACCCGGGGCUUGCCAUAACUCCAGAAGCCACUCCAGAGAUUGCACAUUCCACAGUCCUGGAGAAGACUACAGCUCCUCAUCCAGACCAGGUUCAGACUCUGCAUCGAAGCCUGACCGAGGUCACAGGUCCACCUACAGAGUUAGAAUCUUCGCAGGAUUCAUUGGUGCAGUCUGAAACCGCACUAGAGGAACAGAAGGCCUCCACAAGCACCAACAUAUGUGAGCUCUGUACCUGCGGAGAUGAGACUCUACCAUGUGUUGAUCUCAGCCCAAAGCAGAGGCCCCACCAAGUGCCUGUGCCAGAGCCCAACACCUACAAUGGCACCUUCACCAUCUUAAAUUUCCAAGGAAGCUAUAUUUCAUACAUUGAUGGAAAUGUAUGGAAAGCAUACAGUUGGACCGAGAAACUAAUUCUCAGUGAAAAUUAUUUGACUGAAUUACAUAAGGAUACAUUUGAAGGCCUGCUAUCCCUCCAGUAUUUAGAUUUAUCCUGCAAUAAAAUACAGUCUAUUGAAAGACAUACAUUUGAAUCACUACCAUUUUUGCAGUUUAUAAAUCUGGGCUGCAAUUUAGUUAUGGAACUGAGCCUUGGAACAUUUCAGGCCUGGCACGGAAUGCAGUUUUUACACAACUUAAUUCUCAAUCGCAAUUCUCUGACUGCUGUCGAAGAUCCAUAUCUCUUUGAACUGCCGGCAUUAAAAUAUCUAGACAUGGGAACAACGCACAUCACACUUACAACACUUAAGAACAUUCUCACGGUGACUGUUGAACUGCAAAAACUGAUCUUACCUAGCUAUAUGGCCUGCUGCCUCUGCCAAUUUAAAAAUAGCAUUGAGGCUGUCUGCAAGACACUCAAGCUGCAGUGCAACACUGAAUGUCUGAUUAACACCGUACAUUGUCGUGAGUCCAAAUUGCCUGCUGAAGAAGCAUCUGUAGGGAAUCCAGAAGGAGCGUUCAUGAAGGUGUUACAAGCCCGGAAGCAGCACACAAGCACUGAGCUGACUAUUGAGGUGGAGGCGCCCUCAGACAGCAGCGGCAUCAAGUUGUCAGGCUUUGGGAGUGAGCGGCAAGAUACCAAUGACGAGAGUGAUGUUAUCAGCGCACUAAGACACAUCUUCCCUUAUUUCUCAGAAGGAAAUCUAGAUGCAGAAUCAAUAUUGUUACCAUUCGCUAAACUGCUUUUUUCAAAUGUACAAGGUGGAGAUAGGUUCCGGAGUAUUUUGAAAAACAAUAGAAAGAGCCCCUCACAGUCAAACCUUCUAGGUAACAAAUUUAAACAUCAAAUAUUUCCAAAUAAACUAGAAACUGUUGAACCACAGGAAAACAGCCUGGUAAAGAUUCACGGUGUAGGCAAAAACCUGCAGAGAGUGAACAGAGUCCUCACAGGCCCAAGGGGCAUCCAGAAAAGACACUUCAAAGAGGUGGGAAAGCACAGCACUAGGAAAGAACAGGAUGCCCAGGCACUUGUGGACAAUGCUGCCAAAGAAAAAAGGCUUGAGAGGCCAGCCCCAAGGGAGCUGGAACAGCCUCACGUAGUGCAGGGGCCUGAGAAGGUAGCGGGAAACACCGUCUACACUAAGCCUUCGUUCACCCAAGAGCAUAAGGCAGCAGUCUUCUCUAUGCUGAAACCCUUCUCCAUGGUCAUGCCUUCUGCCUCUAGCCCCGCAAGAGCCCUACCUCAGGUCAGAGACAGACCGAAAGACUUAGCCUACACCACUUUAAUGUUAGAAAUGGCAAUGUCUAGGGUUAAAAAUAUGGAGGCUGCUAAACCAAUCGCACAUUCCAAUAGACUGAUGCUCGCAAAGAGGCUGCCGUUGUCUGCAGAGAAGAGCCUCAUAAAUUCACAAGGGGUUUUUUCAUCCUUAGGAGACCUGAGUCAUCAAGAAAACCCUCUUCUGGGAGUAUUUGCUCCUUCAGAACGUUUUAUAGAAAACACUCAUGUAGAAGACACAGCUGCAAGAGAUGCCUCUGAAGAAAACGUUUUUAUGGAAAACACUGUUAUGCCAGAAGGCACCAUCUCUGAAAACACAAACUACAAUCAUCCUCCUGCGGCAGCUUCCGCUGGGACUGCGUUCAACUUAGAGCCAACUGUUACAGAAACUGACACAAAAUGGGAACACAACAACGUGGGCACUGACCUGUCCCCCGAGCUCAAAAGCUUCAGUGACCCAUUGCUCUCCUCCCCAGGUGAUCAGUUUGAAAUUCAGCUAACCCAGACGCUACGGUCCCUCACCCCAACGAGGAUGUGAGAAGGUUCAUGUCUCAUGUUAUCUAGACACUGAAAUUAGAAUGUUCAGAAACGUAUGUGCAAAUGACCUGUGCCAAGCUCAUGUCGUGAACAGGCCUCCAGAUGAAGCUUCUCAGCAAGCAGCAGGAAGCAAAGGCAUCCAAGGCAGAAUGGGAUAUCUAUCUAUCUAUCAUCUAUCUAUCUAUCUAUCUAUCUAUCUAUCUAUCUAUCAUCUAUCUAUAUCUAUCUAUCUAUCUAUCUAUCUAUCUAUCUAUCUAUCAUCUAUCUAUCUAUCUAUCUAUCUAUCUAUCUAUCUAUCUAUAUAUCUUCACUAGGUGUGAUGGCACAUGCCUGUAGUCCCCGCUACUAGGGAGGCUGAGGUGGGGGUAUCACUUGAACCCAGGAGGUAGAGGUUGCAGUGAGCCAAGAUGACACCACUGCACUCCGGCCUGGGUGACAGAGCAAGACCCUGCCUAAAAAAAGUAUAUACAUAUAUUUUAUAUAUAUAUAUAUAUAUAUGUGUGUGUGUGUGUAUAUGUAUAUAUAUAAUGUGUGCGUGUGUAUAUAUAUAUGUGUGUGUGUGUAUAUAUAUAUAUAUAUUUCUGCAGGGCCCUAUUGUGAGUUUGUUACACAACUUACUGCAACUUAAAUUGUGCCACCACCACCCCCCACAACAUGGCAAGCUAAAUAGAAACUCAGUUAUGCUAAGGCUGGUUGAGGGCAUUAUGCAAGAUUAGCAUGGAAAGGGCCCUUCAUUUAGCGCUCUGCUCCAUUCAUUUUUGUCAGGUCACUUUCUUAUCUUCACCAGGUUGUCAGAUCUAUUUUACUGCUCUAGCCUCACUUUCCUCAGCCUCCUGCAGCAUCUUCCCUGUGAGCUAGAUCCCUUCCUCUCUGGAUGAAGUCCUCUUCAUCGAACAACUUUCUCACUUAGUUCUCUAAGA